CUUCUUGCCCUGUCAGGGUUCUGGUCUCGGGGACCAGGCUGCUUUCAGGCAGCAGGGGGGCAGCGCGUCUGCCCCUGUUCAACCUUGUAAGGAUGAUUCCUCAAAAAGACUUGGCAGCGGACCGCACCCCUGCAGGUGGGGGCAACGCUGCCAGCCCGUUCUUCAGCCCCGGGCUGCAGCUCCACCUUGCCCUUGCCCUGUCCACGCAUAGCCUGGCGCAUGGAGUGCAGGACCUGACGACGCAGCCUCAGGGCCCCAGCCUGCCUACCUACCUAGUCCUUCUGGUGGGUGCCGCCACGGGGCUCCCAGAGGGCGAGCAGCUGUCUUCAGCCGGCGUCCGGGAAGUGACCAGCGCUGCCUUGUCAGUGCUGGACACCAUGUGCAGGCAGGGCAACCAGCCGCAGCUCUUGCAGGGCAACUCUCUGCACAGCACAGGCCGCCCCUCCCGCACGUUUGCGGGGCUGGCCUUCAGCCGGCGCGCGACCAGCGCCAGCAAAGCAGCCUUCACAGCGGAGCUCAUGCGCAGGUCACCGCUGGCGGUACCGCUCCAGCGCGGUCAGGCUGUCCUCACGGUUCACGUGCCGGUGGACACCUGGCCCAUCAUUCCGGGCACCUACACCGUCACGGUCAAGAUGGUAGGGGGCCCUGUGUGGGGGGCUUUCCGCGGUCGCACUGAUUUGGUGCUGCAGGCGGGCGGCUAUCCCACCACCUCGGACCCCUCUAACCUGGCGUGUGCUUAUGUGGUCUCAGAGCAGUGCGCCAAAUCCGUGGGCCCCAAGGGGGGGCCCCAGGCCCCCGCAGGCCAGGGCAUCACCAACCACAUCUUUGCCUGUGUGCGGGGCCCCAUCUGGGACCCGCAGCUCUCUCACCUGCACUGUGCCAAGUUUGAGAUGCCCGGUGAGGAGCCCAUGCAGGUGGAGGUCCGUGGCGCCCCCCAGCCGGCUGGGACGGCCACGACAGCUGCGGCAGGCAGCCCUGCUCCGGCUGCAGCCGGGGUCGACGACCUGGGUGGCAACGCUUUGGGUGUGGCGAGGCCCGCGGCUGCCAUGGCGACCGCAGCGGACAUCGUUGACCAUGUGGGGGACGUGCAGAUGCAGGAGGCGGCGGGUUUGGGUACCCCUACCGUUCCAGCCCCUAUUAAACCGAUCGGUAUGGGGGCGGUUACCGGGCGGUCACCCUAAUAAACCGAUGGUCAGCGUCGGUCAGCAUCGGUUACGAUUGGUAGGGGUUGGCCGCACGGUAAAACAUCGGUUAACGUUGGUAAAAUGGUCACUUCCCGGUAACCCAUUGGU